ACGGGCGCCUGGUUACGCAGAAGAUCGGCGCAGAGUUUGCGCGGACGAGGCGAACGCCAAGCAGCUCCGGGAUCGCGUCGCGCAGAUGGCGCGCGACGCAGGAGAUGAAGCCACUGCUAGCAGACUGCUGAAGACCGGGCGAGAAGCUUACCCGGGCUUCGACGAAAUGAAUUAUUUCUGCGAGGUCUUGGGCGGGCAGAUCGUUGUCGAGCACUACGAGGACACGAAUAACUCUGUUCAGAGCGUUUACGGCGACGGCCCGUUGGUAGCGCUUUUUCGGCUGCACAAGCAGUCCGGUGACGGUGGGCACGUGGUCGAUCAUUGGUCUUGCUUGCAGAGUUGGAUUCCGCGAGCCCCAGGAGUCGCCGCGCACGAGAGCGAGCUCGAGGAUGCGCCCGCCGAUCCGGUCGCCGACAACAGCUCCAUGCAGCGACGAUUGAAGCUUCCAGGCGCUGCUACAUGCAAUGCGGAAUUCGACGAAUUCCUUAUGGACGUAGACAGCGAGCGGAGCUGGCUGGAAGGUUUAGAGGCAGACCCUGACCCGCCUGCUCAGAGCAUACUCGUGCAGACGGAGGCGGUGAAGGCAUUCAUAGAGAAGCAUCACGCAUCAUGGGAUCCGUACCUGAAGCGGAUUGCCCUCGGAGCGCUGGCCAUGUAUCGAUGUCGACUAUCCGAUAUCUACGUCCGAGAGUACGUCAUGAUGAUGCACAUCAUAUUUGGCGGUGACUACCUCGUCGCCCAUGACGGGGUCAUGUAUUUUUGGGAUGGGAAUAUGAGGUUCUUCGAGAAGUACGAGGGUCUCAUGCCAGAGAUUGUCUAUGCUGCUCUGAAAGAGUACCUCUUGACUUUGGCAGGGCUUUUCUGGUCUUUCACAGGCGAGGUUCGGCGGGGCGACGAGACCGCGAUGCUCGCCAUCGAGGGGUCGUUGGAGAAGAGUGGGCUGGAUGCUCGGAAGGCGUUCGCCGCGUGGCGCGACAACGCCAUCUUCAACAAAGGAGGCAAAGGCGGUGGCAAGGGCCAGGGCGGCGGCAUGGGAGGCGCGGGAGACUCUGCAGUUGAACUCGAAGCUCUCACGCAGAUGGAGCCCCACGAACUGGAUGGCGAUGUGCCUGCGCCUGCGCCGGCGGACGAAGGCGUCGCGCGCGGCGCGCCGUGGUACAUAACGAUCGCAGUGAGCGUUGCUCGAGUUGGACGAAGCUUACAGAUACAGAUGAUUCAGAACAAGUUGCCGUCGUUUUACUGCGAGUGGUGCGAGACUCCGCGCCCCUCGCGCAGGGGCGUCGCCCACCCCGACAUCGCGUUCGUCUACGACCAGGGCGGAACCCCGAUCCAGCAGAUCGCGACGGAGAGUGAACGCAAGAGCAUAUACAUCGGCAUACCGCACAAAAUCAAAGCUUACUUGGGCGACCCAGUGUUGAAGGCGGCCGCGACGAGAGUGGACCAGUUCUACAGGCAGACAUUCUGGGCAAAUGCCGCCGCGCACAAAGUGUGCAUGGCCGCCCUCGCUCUGGCGAAGAGAGGGUUGAACGUCGACCAGCUGUUCUUCUUCUGGGGGGUGUUCUAUCUGGACGAGGAGAUGCGGAAGACGGUGGAGUCGCUCAAAGGCACGAUCGUGCUCACGGCGCAGGAGAAGCCAGAAGGCUUGAGGAAGAGCUUCCGGGAGGACUUGUUCAAGAAGCUGGCGUCUGCCGACGGCAUAUUUGGUCGACUCCCGUAUCAGAUUUUGACAAAAGUUAUUUACUUGGUCGGGUGGAAACGCAUGGAGCUGAACAAGCUCAUCACCUUCGACGGAGUCUCUGAGGGUGCAUUCCACGCCAUCUACCGGAGGUCUCUUCUGAUCAAGGUUUGGGCUCGGUUCGUUGAUGCGGAGUACAUCAGGCGCGUCCUGCCGGACGCAGAGAAGUACGGCAUCUUCCCGCGGGCGCCGGAUUUGAAGCCGUUCAUGCAGUCGGGGCCCGCCAUCGCCGCUGGUCUGCAACGACAGCUGGGCUUCGAACGGAAACAUGGCGAAGCGGCAUCGAGGUCGUUGAUAGAUGACUACUGCCUGCGCGGAGGGGAUAACGGGAUCACGGAGAAAUACAUGCGACAGGCGUGUCUUCUCCCGGAACCGAGCCAGCCGAAGCCUAGCGGCCAGAGCAGCGCGGCUGCCCCGCCGCCCGGCGUCGACUUCGACAUCGGAGCGGGCGGCUCGCAGGAUGCGGUGGCGCCCAUGGAUUCCUUGCGCCGCCACCUACUCCAGCAGAUGCUCGACCGGAGGUUCGACGCCCUGACAUUCUCGUAUUACAAGCAGCUCCAUACAGUGCAGAUCCAAGGCUUGCCUGAAAAGAGAGCAACAGCGUGGCAAGCGAUGGCCUCCGCCGGAUGGUCAAAAGCUGGGUCGCAAGGCAAGGCGAAGGAGAGACUCCUGCCGAAAUUGUCCUUCGCUCGCAAGUUCAUCGACAUCGUGCCGACGCCAGACUUGGAGGAGCCGACCGUGCUCCCAGAACAGUGGGACCGCGCGGCGCUGCUGCGCUAUGCGAACGGCCACGCCUGCCGCAAGCGCAACGCCGAGACCAUGGUGGCGGUGCUAGGGUCCGUGGCAAAGCCGCGCGGGCGGAAAAGCCGCGCAGGUUCCGUCGAGGCGGGCGGCGACGCUCAUCUGCGCGAGGUCGGCAUGUCCGUCCAGGCGGCGGAGGCAACUCUGGAAGCGAUGCUGGAGAGCGCGCGCGAGAGGCCGACGGUGACCACCGCCGAUCAACCAGGUGGGGUGAAGAAGAGGAGGCUCCCUCCGAAGAGGGCCGUGAGCGGCGGCAGCGACUUGGCGGAGCGCAGGAUCCCUUACAAAUACAAGCGCACUGCGGCCCGUCGCUUCGCGGAUGUCCCGGCAGCGCAGGGCUGCCCGGCCCGCGUGCUACAUCCGAUGUUGCAGGGCACUGUAGAUCUCGACAUCCACAGCGCGGUUCUGACAAUCGCCUGGCAACUCGUGGAGAAGAUGGACAUGGCGGAGAAGAAUCUGUUCAGAGAGGAGUUGGAAUUGUUGAAGCAGCUGGCCGAGGACAGAGACGAGGUAAUGCAGAAGGAGUUGGCGAGCAUGGGGCACCAGGCGGCCAAGCGCUUCGUGCUCGAGACCAUCGGCGGGUCCGGCGCUUUCGACGUCGACGCCGAGCCCUUCGCCAAAAAGUUGCAGCGCGUCAGCCGCGUGCUGCGUUGGGUGGCGUGCUCUGCGCUGCCCGAUGUAUACGAAGACUUUUCCAGCGACGCCGAGCUUCGCGACGACAAGAAAAAAGAGAAAUGGCCGGAGGGGCAGACGUUCUCCACUUUCUACCAGCGCGCAGAGGAUUACAUUCUCCGCCAGUGGCAGACGUGGGUGCUCAUGCAGCCGGUGAUGCAUUUAUCGCUGCACUUCGACGGCGUGAGGAUCAACAGGGACGCGGUGUUCGCCAGGCAUACCACGGUGGCGGACUACGCCGCUGGAGCCAGUGCCUACAUCGCGCAGGAAACAGGCUUCGUCGUAAAGAUCAAAGAGAAGACCCAUCCGACGGUCGAAGAGGCGCUGAUAAGCUGCACGGCGUGGCGGCCCCUGGAGGCGGCCGCAGCGCCUGGCGACUUGCAGAAGCCUGGCAAUGGUAUCCUGUUGGCGCUGUGGCGGUGCGGCGACGCCAGGGCGUCCGCGUCCGUUCUCUCUCUCGCAGGCGCCUCGUCAGUAGAGAACAAUGCCGCCAGCGUCGAGAAAGGGAGAACUUACGGGGAGUGUUGCCUGAGUCACAAGGUUUCGGUGGCGCCCCAUUUAGGUUUCGAUGCGCGCGAGGUGGGUUUGCCAGAUGUCCAUGACGCCGUCCUCGCGGGGCGAGACUCGAGGCGAAUCCGAUGUGUUUCCGGGGUCAAGCGGUCCAUCGAGUAUGUGUCAAUCCAGCUGUUGAGCAGCACUGGCGAGCUGGUAGAUGACGAGAGGCCCGCGACACCAGACCCCUACCUGCCUGACGUCAGCAAACGGCAGUGGGAGGCCAAAGUUGUGGCCUGGCGCAGGGAGAUGUCACAACUGCUUGACGCAGUGCCAAUUGGUGCGACGGAAUUGGCAGCGGCCGAAGAGCUCGGCGUCUGGGUAGAGCCCUCGCCGCCCGCCGUGCGCGGCUGCGCGGAGCGCCGCUACGCCGACGUCGCCGACCACUUCGGCUUCUCUCUGGCCGUCGCGCGCCAGCAGGUGCCCCAAGUCCCGUGCGAUUUCUCCCUCGAGCUGCCGCGUCUUCCGAAGAUCCGCUUGCUCGAGCGACUCAACGCUCACCCUCGGGACUCCCAGUUGCACUUCGUCGAAGAGUCGCACGCCUAUUACAUUAGCGGCGCGCGAACGCAUGGGUCGGUCACGGGAUUGAUACAUGAGUACUGCAGUGUUUUCGACGCUGGCGCUGUGAUUGGGAAGAUGCGGAGCGGGCGGAACUGGCCGCGACCUGAUUAUUUGCGCCACCCUCGCCCGGAAGACGUGGUCGCGGAGCUGCGGGCCACGGCGGAGGCUGCUCGCUUGCACGAGUUACUUGUUUCGCACGGGGCUUGCGACGCCGAGAUCUGCGCCGAGAUGAAGGCAACUGCGAGAGCGGCCCCCCACUUGGCAAACCAUCUGGAAAGUCUAUCUCUCUCGGAUCACGAGAUCGUGGAGAAAUGGCGCCUGAACAAAGAAGAGGCGGCUAGGCGGGGCACCUGGAUGCACUGGACGUUCGAGGCCCACCUCAACCGCGUUCCGGUGCCCCGCGAUGCCGUCGAGUUCCAGUUGUUCUUGAAAUUCUUGGGCGCGCUGAAAGGUCUGGUGGCUUUCCGCACCGAGUGGGCCAUCUUCGCCGAGCACGAGGGGCUCGCUAGGUCAAUCGACUUCGUGGCUCGAGACUCUGCGGGCAGCCUGUACAUAUACGAUUGGAAGCGGGCGAAGAAUUUACGUUCGAAGUUCACGAAUUGA